UGUGCGUGCGUUGGUUGACCCAACCGAUGCGCCAGAUAAUAAUUGUCAAAAAUGAUUAUUACAAUCGUGUAUGUGUGAUUAAAAUCAAUCAAAUGCAUUAGCCAAGUGUCCUCAAAACACUCUCCCAAGUGUGUUCACUCUCCAUUUGUGCCAUUUCAACAUAAUAAAUCACGAGAAUAUUUCCACUCAACGAUUCAUAACUGAAAUUCCAGAAAGGAUUUUCACGUAAAAACGAUUCAUUUACCCAAGCAUAAAAAAAAACGAGUGCUGCGUGAUCACAGCGAUGUUGUGUAAAGGUGGAACGAAUUAAAUCCUCACGAGUGAAUCAUAAGUUCGAGGGGUAAUAGUGUGACCCUAUUUUUCACCUGGUUGUACCGAAAAUCAUCAAAGAUCGGUCCUGGUGAAUGGUGUUGCAGAUAGACUCGGUGUGGGGUUGGGCGUCACCCCCGCUGCGCCUACAGCUAGCCGGGGGGAGCCGAGGCGCCUCGGGGAGCACGGCUGGCCAAGCAUCCUCGAGCCAGAGGAUGGGCGAGAUGGUGGUUGAGCGAGCACCAUCACCAGCACGCCUCAGUCAUACCUCCGAGAAGCAUCCUCGUGCUACCCUCACUGAGCUCAAUGUACUAAGACGUCAUCGAGAGUUGUGCGACGUUGUACUCAAUGUCGGUACCAGGAAGAUAUUUGCGCAUCGGGUUAUACUGUCGGCAUGCAGUCCUUACUUCAGAGCGAUGUUCACGGGGGAGUUGGCGGAGUCUCGCCAGACCGAAGUAACGAUCCGCGACAUCGACGAAGUAGCAAUGGAGCUGCUGAUAGACUUCUGCUACACCUCCCACAUAAUAGUGGAAGAGGCAAACGUCCAAACCCUCCUCCCAGCGGCUUGCCUCCUGCAGUUGGCCGAGAUUCAGGACAUCUGCUGUGAGUUUUUGAAACGCCAAUUGGACCCCUCAAACUGUCUGGGAAUUCGGGCAUUUGCCGACACCCACUCAUGCCGAGAGCUCUUGAGAAUAGCUGACAAAUUUACACAGCACAAUUUCCAAGAGGUCAUGGAGAGCGAGGAGUUCCUUCUACUGCCAGUCGGCCAACUAGUCGAUAUAAUAUCAUCCGAUGAGUUGAACGUUAGAACUGAGGAGCAGGUGUUCAGUGCUGUGAUGAAUUGGGUGAAGUACAAUGUUACAGAGAGACGUCAGCAUCUGGCGCAGGUGCUUCAGCACGUGCGUCUGCCUCUGCUAUCGCCAAAAUUUCUCGUAGGGACUGUCGGCUCGGAUCUGCUGGUGCGAUCUGACGACGCAUGCAGGGAUCUGGUCGACGAGGCCAAGAACUACCUUCUCCUGCCGCAGGAGAGGCCCCUGAUGCAGGGGCCCAGGACCAGACCUAGAAAGCCUACUCGAAGGGGCGAAGUCCUCUUCGCAGUGGGCGGCUGGUGCUCUGGUGAUGCCAUUGCCUCUGUCGAGAGGUUCGAUCCCAAUACGGCUGACUGGAAGAUGGUCGCACCCAUGAGCAAGAGGAGGUGUGGAGUUGGGGUUGCUGUUCUCAAUGAUCUGCUUUAUGCCGUUGGGGGACAUGACGGACAGAGCUAUCUCAAUAGUAUUGAACGAUAUGAUCCGCAGACUAAUCAGUGGUCGUGCGAUGUGGCGCCCACUACCUCUUGUAGGACUAGUGUUGGGGUCGCUGUGCUGGAUGGCUUUCUCUACGCUGUGGGGGGACAGGAUGGCGUGCAGUGUCUCAAUCAUGUCGAGAGAUAUGACCCAAAGGAGAACAAAUGGUCUAAAGUAUCUCCAAUGACUACACGACGACUCGGGGUCGCUGUGGCAGUACUUGGGGGAUAUCUGUAUGCCAUUGGAGGCUCUGAUGGCACCUCACCAUUGAAUACCGUUGAGCGAUACGAUCCCAGGCAGAAUAAGUGGUCCCAAGUGUCGCCCAUGUCGACCAGACGGAAACACCUCGGCUGCGCUGUCUUUAAUAAUCUGAUUUAUGCGGUCGGGGGCAGAGACGACUGCAUGGAGUUGUCCAGUGCUGAGAGGUACAAUCCUCACACGAAUUCGUGGAGUCCUAUUGUGGCUAUGACUUCAAGAAGAAGUGGAGUUGGCCUGGCCGUGGUGAACGGUCAACUCUACGCAGUCGGCGGUUUUGACGGUACAGCAUAUCUGAAAACCAUCGAAGUUUACGAUCCUGAGCAGAACCAGUGGCGUCUGUGUGGCUGCAUGAACUACAGACGAUUGGGUGGUGGUGUUGGUGUGAUGAGGGCACCACAGACUGAAAACUACAUUUGGUAGCUCAGGCCCCCCUCUUCGGCCACAACGGCUGAAACACCAUCAACACCGGUAACACCAGUUACACCAGUAACACCGCCAGCACCACUUUCCGUUCCUAUCGCAUCGACCAAUACUAGAAAACGAUAUCGACGCUCCAUGAGCAUCAUAUGAACGCUUGUCUCAUUUUUUUUUCAUUGUCAUUGUUUUGGGGUUGUUCUAGAGGAGAUGCUAGCGUUAAUACUGCCUUAAGUAAUUUUCUUCAGGAUUUUUUGUUGUUUUUUUUUGGGAGUGAAUGACGUUUUUUUCGAUGGAUGCGGAAGUGAAUCGUAAAACAUGCGUCGAAUUGUUUUUUUUUUUUUAAACAAUGUUGGGAAAGCUUUUUUUACAUGAGAAAACUUCCGAAAAAAAGGUCUGAGGACAUCAUUUAUUUUCGGCAAAAUGUGGGAAAUUCACUCUUUACCACUUCACUACUGAAUCAAUUAGAUAAUUUUUCGAUUUGUUUUUCCUUCAUGUGAUUCUGUAUAUAAUUGUCGUUAGUGAUUAUUUAAAUUCGGUCCAAGACUGAUGUAAGACAUUGAGAACGCCUAAUUUAUAAGAAACAAAUGAUUUACCCUGCGCAGCUCUAGGAAAAUAUUAUUUCCAUUCCAUUCUCACAUGAUAGCGAGAAUAUAAACUUUUUGAUGGAGAACAUUCAUGAAAUUAUCUCCACUGAAGCAUUUAUCGAAUGAUGCGGAAAUAGAACUGAACGAAAUCAACGAUUUUUACUUUGAUUUUUCAACGAAAGGGGAUCGAUAUCUAAAAUAUAAAUUGAGAGUUGUGUUUUUGAAAAAGGAAAUGAAUUGAAAAAAAAAGCUUUUUAUGGUCGUCAGUGAACGUGCACGUCCGCUUUUGUUGUUGAGAUGAAGGAUAAUAAUUUACUUAGUAAUUAAUGAUCUGAAGACAAUUAACAAAGAUCGAGAAUAAUCAAGUUUUCAUUAUGAAAAAUUGAAAGUAAAAACUUUUAAAUCAGGGGGAGAGCCAGAAUGGUCCACCCUAGAUGUUCAAUAACUGAAGAUUGGCCGGACGAAAUGGGACGAAUGAGGUGGCACUUUGAAGAUGUUUUUUCAAACAUCAAAAUGAGGGCUCAUUCGUUCGAUUCAGAUCACUCGUGCAGGUGAUAUUGAAGAUUUAAGGAGGGCAUCUUGCUCCAGUCUCGCCUAAUUACUCAAACUCAAAGGUUGCACUGUUAACAAUUAAUGAAGAAAGAAUUCAUUUGAUGAAAAAAUUAAAAAUCAUGUAAUAUUUUAAGAUGCACGUCUUCUAGUUGAAUUUUGAAACUAAUCAGUCGUUUAUGAUAUUUUGAUUGUAAACAAUUAGCCAAUUAUGUUCGCCAAAAAUAUGAAAAAUUCUUCCCACGGAUGAAAGAGUUCUUUUUUACACUCGAGAUUAAUGGAUAAUCGAGUCCUUCCAAUGCCUUUCGAUGAAUUAAGGAUCAUGAUAUAUUAUUUAUAUUUUUCUCUCUAAUCUUUACUAAUUUAUUCAAAAUGGAAAUAUAAAAAUCGUUACUCUCGUUUUCGAGUUAUUUCGGUACUAAGUUGAACGUGUACAAUGUAAAUGACUAAUUCAUCAUGUAUAUAUUGAAAUCUGUGAAAAUAUGAGGGCAAAAAAACAGAAAAUGUUGAAGGAGAAAAUAUAUUGUUAAAAAUCCAAGGAA